AUGCCGCCGAUUCUGCAUACACAUCUCGACGAUAAAGAAAUCGAGGAGUUAUUGGAAUCUUCAGAAAUUGAAGAUUUCAUUCCAUCUGACGUAGACGUAGGUGACCCCGAGUGGUCAAUUCACCACGUAAGUGUAUCUAUACCUUCAACAUCAUACUCGGGAGAUUCUUCCUCCGAACCUGAAAGUGAUAAGGAAAACUCCCAAAAGAAAAGAAGACGACGUGGAAGAAAGCGUGGAAAAGGACGAGUAAGGGGUGGAGGCAGAGCAAACCAUCAAGCUUCUCCUCUUCUCUCCUCUCCUUCGGAGCGCGGAACAACAUCUUCAGGAAGGAAGCUGGCAAAAUGUACGAAUGGUGGUGUGACGCUUGCCAAGUUUAAGGCGUUUGAAGUACGAGAUACUUCAUAA